AUGCAGACGCUGCCCAUGCACUUGGACGAAGCUGCUUCGCAGCUGCUUUCUGCGGGCAGUGCAGCCCAUGGGGAUGUCAUUGACUUGGAGGGGGAAGAUCACAACGUUUCCUCUUCCGCUGGUGUUUCCCAGGACCCUGACUUGGCCAAGGAGAAGAAGAUUUCUGAACCGGAACCACCGAAGGUCACUUUGCAGGACCACAAGGACUUGGGCACAAAGGGCACAGAGAUCAAGGAACCUGACCAGGGCAACAAACCGGAGACACGCAGAGCUUUGAAGAGGGCAUCCACAGUUAUCCAUGGCGAGUGCACCAAGCCGAACAAAGAUAUCAAGGUGGAAACCCCCACUGCACCAGCGCCGGCUCCCAAUGCAGAUGUGGUUGGCUUGAUGGCAUGCGAGGCAUCCUGGUGGGGAGGGGCACCGGUGACACUUCGACGUGAACAGCUCCAAGCAGAUUUUCGCCGAGGCGAGGAUGACGAUGGAGAGGCAGAGGAGGCAGCGGAGGGAGAUUACAAGUCCGAUCAUGGUGAUGAGGGCGAUGAGGGUCAAAAGGGUCCGAAGGCAAAGGCAAAGGCUAAGGCAAAGCCACAGAGCAAGGCCAAGGCGAAAGCUAAGGCCAAGGCAAAGGCAGUGGCACAGAAGGCAAAGGCAAAGGCAAAGGCAAAGGCAUCUUCGACGAAGGCAAAGGCAAAGGCUGGCAAAGAGGUGGGCAACUCCAAGGGGGAUGGCAAUGGUUGUGACCCCGCUUCUGAGCAAGACACUGAGAACAAGAAGAAGAAAGCUGCAACCUUCGCCCGCCGCUACAAGCCUACUCACCCUGAUGGAGCUGCGCGCUACCAAGCCAUCAAGGAUUGCUUUGUGCAGCGCAUUGCUUCCCAGCUCAAGGAUCCAUGGUGGGCGCAUUGCAUUGGAGCUUUGAACGCUUCCAAAGCGACUACUUAUUUGGAGUACUUUGCCAUUGCGGAUGGUCAGGUCGAUUCCUUUCUGGCGAAUGAUGCAGUGCGCAACUAG